AUGUCACACAUCGUUGAUGGCAUCAACCCUGAAGAUAAUCUCGAAACGCAGAAUGCGGCUCUUGAUCCCGAGAUUCAAAACAAUGCGCAAAGGGUGGGGGCGGCAGCAGCGACAAUCGGCGCUUUGGUACCUCCCGCCAGUCUUGUCAUAUACGGUGUAACUGCGGCUGUUAUGAUUGCGACAUGGCUUUAUGGCGUGUAUCAGCAAUCGAAGAGUAUCGUCCGAUGCUUGAUGGCGUCUAUUGUCGCGCUUGUGCUCAUUAUGGAGACUCUGUUCGAGAUCCAGUCCUCAAUCGAGGACGGGUUUGAACGACUUCACCCAACUGUCGCCCUAAAGGUCGUGGAGGAUUACCAGAAGUCAGAGCUGAAGAAGAAAGUCCACGCCGAGGUCCAAAGGUUUGUUGAAUCUGGCAUGAGUGGCGCAUUUAAAGGCCGGGAUAUGGUGAUGAACACGAUUACAGAUCUGAUCUUGCAAUUCCAUAAGGGUGGAGACAGGUACGAGAGGUGGCAUGGCGACGUGGUGAACCAGGUCGACAGUCAGGGGGAUGGACAGGUGCAGCCUUCUGGUGGUGAGUGA